AGGAUACAUAUAAGUACGACGGUUAUCUCAGUCUUGAUACAUAUCGUCCAGCUGUUAGCAUUACAUUACUGUUUUCUAAGUAUAAUACUACUUUCAAUAAUAUUAUAAUCUUAAAAAGUUUUGGAAGAAACGCUCCGUUAAUCUGAAAAAUGCUUGCCGCCGCUUUUGCUUUUGUCCUUAUAACAACACAUGUGACAGCAGAAGUACCUUCCUAUAUUAAUAUUUGCGGACGCAAAGAUCCGAAUCUCGAUCAGUGCAUCUUGAACAACAUCGAAAAUUUGAAGGACAAAAUCUGCGAAGGAAUUCCAGAACUAGAUAUUCGAUCGACUAAUCCACUUCUUCUUGAUCAACUAGUAAUUUUUGAUACACCCAAUACCAAAUUAUAUAUCAAGGAUUCAAAAGUGACAGGACUAUGCGAUUUCACCAUAAAUUCUCUUCAUAUGGACAUCGACAAAUUACAUUUUGAUGUUGAUUUAUUAUUCAAACAAAUCCAAAUAAACAGCACUUAUGAUCUCAACCUACAACUGUUGGUGCCCAUCGCUAAUAAAGGGCAGGUUUAUAUUAGUACAGAUAAUGUAGGAGCAAAAGUAGGCGCAGACAUAAAAGUGGUUACCAAAAACGGCCAAAGAUAUAUGUAUAUAUCGAAGUUGACGAUAAAGCUGGACAUCAAAGGAUAUUAUAUUAAGCUUGAUCAAAACCAAAGGGAAUUAAAUCAACUGCGUGAAAUUGUUACUAAUUUUGUAGGCAAUAAUCAAGAGGAGAUUCUUAGAACUUUUAGACCGGUUCUAGAAAAAGCGAUCUCCAAUGAGAUCAUUUCAAUUUCCAAUAACAUAGUCAAACACUUUACUUAUGAGGAGCUCUUUCCAGAUCGAACAUAAAUUUUGAUCUAUUGUGACACAUAUAUGAUUAUUUCAUCCAUCAAUUGCGAUCUAUUUAAAGAAUAAUUGGAACAAGAUUUGUUGUAAUACUUUAAAAACAAUUUAUUCUUUUACUAAAUAACAAAAAUGUAUAUUAUUUUAUAAAUAUAUCUUAAAUAUAUUGUUACUGAUUGCUAGUGUGCCAAUACAGAUUUUGUACAAAAUAAUGAUUAUUUAUACGUAACAAAAUUUUAAUUAAAUAAUGACAUUUUUCUGUCU